UAGGGUUAUGUCUGUUUGAAAACACCGAAAACAACAAAUCGAUUCGUUGGUUCGCACAACUUUUUAGUUGUGCCGUUUGAAAUUAGUUAAUAAGUGCAAACAUGUUGUUAAACGGUAUAAAAUGGAUUCCAAUGCAAAAGAGGUUAGUUUUUGGUGCCAAAAAUGCGUAUGCAUCGAUUUUGCCAGCCGUACAACGAUCUAUCGCAUCGCUGCACCAUCAUCACACAGAUAAGCACAUCACUAAUAGGCACUGUAAUACUUUUGGCAGUAUGUUAAGACGAUUUGAUAUCAAUGGAAUUCCACCGAGGAAAAUUCCCCGCUUUAUGAGUUCAAUGACCUGUCCCAGUCGGAUGCCACAAUGCACAGAAUCAAAUUUUGUAAUGGAUUUGUCACCAAGAUCGCCGCCUCCACCACCACGUCGCAUGAACUGCGGAGAGUUGCGGGAACAUCACAGUGGCACCAUUGUCGAAAUGCGCGGAAAAGUGAAUCGCACACGUUUGGGCCGAUUCAUUGAACUGAAAGACCAAUUCGGUGUCAUUCAGCUCGUUGCACCAAUGGAGAAUAUAAAUGUGAGCAAACGUUUCGCCAAUAUGCCCGUGAACACGUUCAUCACAAUCGUUGGCCAAGUGAAGCGACGCCCUAACAAUUUGAAGAAUUUUUCGUUGCAAACGGGUGAUGUUGAGGUGCAUGUGGAUGAUAUAAUUCGAGUGCAGAAAGUCUAUCGCCAUGACUCACUAUCGAAUGAAAUGUCAGGGAAAAUGCAUUAUUCAACGUCUACUGCGACUAAUGAAAAUUGUGAUAAAGACUCAACUGGCAUAGUGACAGCGAUAACGAGUACCGAAUGCAAACAUGUCAACAAUGUGGAUAAUUUGGUGCAAUGGUUCUUAAAUCGAAAGCAUACAUGCGGAAGCCUACGUGUUUCGGACGCUGGGAAAAUUGUGUCGCUUGUGGGUUGGACGGACAAAAAGAAUCCGAAAUUUAUGCACUUAAUCGAUGGAUAUGGCAAUAUGCAAGUACUGAUCGAGAGUGAUGAACUGAAGUCUGUCGUGAGUGAAACGAAAAGUAGUGAUUUGUUACUGGUUCAAGGGAGAGUACUGGCACGACCCCAAUCACACAUCACUCACAAUAGUCCAACAGGUGAAAUUGAAUUGUAUGCAGAGAAAAUUGACAUUUUAAAUCCAGAAACUCCAUGUCUAAGUAUGAAUUCAACGAAUACAGAGCCAAUUCAAAGUGGCUUGUGUAUCGAAACAGAUGUCAAUGAAUUCACAUACAGAAGCCAUAAUUGUGGCGAACUAAGGGAGUCAGACAUUGGAAAAGAGGUCACACUCUGUGGAUGGCUCGAAUUCUCACGCAUGAAACGAUUCUUUACGCUGCGCGAUGGUUAUGGGCAUACGCAGGUGUUGAUACCAGACAAUCUUGUCGAUGUGGUAAAUAUCAAAUCUUUAAACUACGAAACAAUUCUAAAAGUAAAAGGACGAGUGAUACCACGGCCACCGAGUAUGAAAAAUCCAAAAAUGAAGACCGGUGACAUUGAAAUUGAGCUGAUUUCAUGUGAUGUUUUAAACAAAUCCGUGGCUAGUUUACCUGUUCAAGUGCGUUCGUUUAAUCGUUCCAACGAAGCACUUCGUAUGAAGUAUCGUUAUGUCGAUUUGAGAUUUGAAGAUAUGCAACGGAACUUACGACUUCGAUCGAAUGUUUUAAUGAAAAUGAGAGAGUAUUUAAUUAAUGCAGCUGGAUUUGUUGAAGUCGAAACACCAACACUAUUUCGCCGAACACCGGGCGGUGCCCAAGAGUUUGUUGUACCAACACAAAAACCGGGACAGUUCUAUUCACUUGUGCAGAGCCCACAGCAAUUCAAACAAAUGCUUAUGGCUGGUGCUAUCGAUCGAUAUUUUCAAAUUGCCAGAUGUUACAGAGAUGAAACCACGACUGUAAAUCGUCAACCGGAGUUCACACAAUUGGAUAUUGAACUAUCGUUCACACAACCUGAAUCAAUUAUGAAGUUGAUUGAGAAUGUGUUGGUGAAUUCGUGGCCAAAAGGAUUGCCACAAAUAUCAAAUACAUUCCGACGAAUGACUUACGAAGAAGCUAUGGAAACAUACGGUUCUGACAAACCCGAUACAAGAUCGACGGAAUUUUUGCUCAAAAAUGUCACAAAUUCACUUCGUCAAGACAAUGACAAUCGUAGCUUUGGAGCCUACGCGAUUGUUCUACCAAAACAGACCGCUCAGCAAUUGAAAAAGGCGCAUGAAGCGAUUGUAAGACGUAUUGGAGCUCAAAGCAAAAAUGUCGAACUUAUUCAGUUGAAAAACGAUGAGAAUUUCGAAACGAGCGUCGCUAAAUUGAAUGGGUCAGCUUUAGCUGAAGAUUGGCAUUUGCAACCAAAUGAUGUGAUAAUUGUGGCUUCAGGAAAUAAGCCGAAUGCACAAGAGGCAUUAGGCAAGAUUCGAUUGGAAUUGAUCGAAGCUAUUGGCGAAAUCAAAAGUCAACCAAAAAAUGACGAUGUUUAUGAGUUUCUAUGGAUAGUUGACUUUCCCUUGUUCCUGCCAAAUGAAGAAACGGGUCAGCUUGAAACGGUUCAUCAUCCAUUCACUGCACCGCAUCCCGACGAUAUGCAUCUUUUGGAGUCAGCAGACACUUUAGAUCAAUGCCGAUCGAUGGCUUAUGAUCUUGUUUUGAAUGGCCAAGAAAUUGGUGGUGGAUCGAUUCGUAUACACAAUGCCGAUUUGCAACGAAGAAUUCUAAAUGACAUUCUGAAAUUAGACUCAGAUCAUCUUACACAUUUAAUUGAAGCAUUAGAGUCUGGAUGUCCACCUCAUGGUGGCAUAGCCUUAGGAAUUGACCGAUUGAUAUCGAUAAUGUGCAAAACCAAUUCGAUUCGCGAUGUGAUAGCCUUUCCAAAGAGUGCCGAGGGCAAAGAUCUACUUUCGAAUGCACCUUGCCAAAUAUCAAAUGAAGAACUUCAGCUGUACCAUUUGAACAUAAAGAAGUAAUUUGUAGCAAAAAAACACCAUUUGUUGUGGCUAAAAGCGUUUUUUAUGAGAAAGAUGAAUGAAAGUGGAUGUAUGAAGUAUUGUUAGAAGAUGUAUACAUAUAUUAAAAAAAAAUUGAAAAACA